CCACCCCUUCCAUGCUAACACAGAGAGGGAGAGGAAAGAGAGAGUGGCGGCGUUUCCUUCGCUCGUAAUACGGCCUCCUCUAGUGGCUGCAACUCAUGGGUGAAUGCAAAGGGCCUGGAAAUUAGCUGUCAUCAUGCAGUCUCCCACGUGGUUGGCUCCUUUUAUUAUUCUUCCUAAGGAGACGAGGCUGGUCGCUUUCAGAAGGCACAACCUGCUGCGUCAGAGUUAUGCCGUGUAGCAGCAGUAGCAGCACCGUCUGCAGCGGCUGCUACACCUGGACUAUUCCAUAUCUCUGGCACGGCGCGGCCCACGUUGCAGGGGGCUUCACUCCAUUCAGGAAGCGAGGCGUGUGGAAUGAUCCGCGUGCGAAACAUGAGCCUUCUGGCUCACCGCAGUGUGUAAAUAACUCAGCUAGGAUUGGCUACGUUGUAAAACUGGCACUGGAGAAGGGCUGUAACUCACUGAUAGUGCAUUGGCUUUCAUGCAGAAGAUCCCAGGUUCAAGCCCCGGCAUUAGCAGGUGGGGUGGGGAGAGAGACCUGGGCAGCCGCUGUCAGUUAAUGUGUAAAUGAUACUGAGCUAGACGGGCUAAUGGCGUGAGGCAGUACAGUAUAAGGCAGGUUGCUAUGUUCCCGAGAGAAAGAAAAGCAAAAGCAAGCUACUUUCACUUUGAACGUGCCCUAGCUGCCAGCAUGAAUGUGAGAACGCUAUACGAGUGUCCCUUGAUGAUCAUGCUUUUUCUAGGCUGGAUGCUGCUGCUGUUCCCUUUUCUCUCCUCCCCGUGCAGUGCCAGAUCUGCCUCCCUUCCUCUCCCAGAAGGACCCCACGCCCUCCGUCUGCUACAGACUGUAACAUUCCACAAUACCAAUGACACUGAUAUUGAGUUAAAUGGUUUUCUGGGAGAUGUGGAGGUGGGCGCAUUGGACACUCAUGCCUGGAAGGUCAAGUUCCUCCAGCCUUGGACCAAAAGUGGCCUCGCUCCUCAAGACUGGGACCUUCUGCUGAAGAUCAUCAAAGGUUACUUUGUCGGCUUCCGAAAAACUAUCAACUAUAUUGCUCUGGCUACAAAGGCCAGCUAUCCUUUUGUUGUUCAGUCCUUGAUCUUCUGUGAGAUUGCAACCAAUGGGGCUAAGAGGGGCUUCUAUGAUUCUGCUGCCAAUGGGGAAUCGCUGGUUACAUUCAGUGCUGAUGAUAGCACCUGGGUCGCCCAAAAGGAGAAUCCGAUGGCUGUCUACACUCAGCAGACCCUGAACAGAGACAAAGACACAAUCGCAAUCCUUCGACUGCUGUUGUUAGGCCAGUGCAUCAGAGCUCGUGAGAACUUCCUUCAGAAUGGAAAGGAGGCUGUGCAGAGGCAGGGAUGAAACUAGAAUUUGUGGGUGCAUGAUUGCCAGAAAGGUCAAGACAGGCAAAAGAAAGCCCUUUUCAGUGCAAUUCAUAAUGAACUUGUGGAAUUCACUGCCAUAAUAGGCCACAGUAAGUACAAGCUUAAAAAAAGUUAGAACAAAUUCAUGAAAGUCAAGCCCAUCUACAGUUAUUAGCCAGAAAGGCUAAAUUGAACUUCUGUGUACAGAUUGAAUAAAUAUAUCACUGAAUAACAAGCGCUGGGGACAAACAAAAGGGGAAAGUUAUCACUGCACUGUUGGAUGUUGUAUCUGGCGCAAGCAGAUGCCCAGGAUGCAGAACAGUAUAGUGACAGGCUAGAUGCCAGUUGAAGCAAUGAGCUGGACAAGCAAUAAGUUUUAAGAGUUACUUUACUGACAAUAUAUCACAGCUCUCUCUGUACAAACUCCUCGACCCCCACACUCACAAGUGUCUGCUGGCCCUCUAUAUAGAUAAGGCCAGCUGCCCGAGCCUAGGUUGCUUAGCAACGUGUCCUUGAAGAUGGCUCGAGCUCUGCCAACUUUUGCUUCUAAGUCACGUAGCUCACUUGUGGAAAUUUAACUUCUGCUUUCUCGGUUUAAUAGCCAACAUCCACAUCCUGCUUGAUGCCCUAAAGGCAGGGAUAGAGCACUUUUAAGCCUCCAGAUAUUAUGGGACU